AUGUGGUUGCAGUUAAAGCAAUGGUUUUAUUGCGCAAGGAAGGAAGAAAUAGGAAGAAACAAGAAACAAAGAGUUAUAAAUGUAUUUUAUGUACAACAAGCAUAUCAUCCAUCCAAAAGUUCAGCUCAGGUGAAAAUGAAGAAAUUAAAUGUUAAUGAUGAUGUCGUUUUAUCUUUACAAAAAAGACAUAAAGGGGCCGGUGGGAGGUUGGGGAUUAAUUCAUAUCUCAUGUAA